GCGAUUCGUCCGCGGUGCGCCAGUAAGCUCAGUUCAGUUCGUCGCGUGGCCUCCCAGCAGCAACAUCUCUGUUACCUAGUCGCUCUUGGGUGAAUCUGCGAGUGUUCUAGUACCUUCAAACAGUGUGUGAUUAUGCGGCAGUCGACGUGAAUACUCAAAAUCCGUAGUAUUCUAUUUAAGCUCGCUAGCUUUACUCUCAUUUUGCGUGAACAACGCGACACUCGAUCCAUCUACAGAUAGGAUUACACUCAGGCAAGAUGAGGGCGUCUGUAUUGUUUGCGUGUCUGCUGCUAACGACGGCCACGACAAAUGGCGACGAGAGCGUUCGUUUGAUGUCUCGCACCGGAAUGGCCCUGUCCUCCAGCACCCUCCGCUGGGUCAGCAGCUCUGAAAUGGGCCGUUUUAUCGCGGAAAUGGUCCCUGGGUCUCACAUUAAACGGAUUACAGACCUUGAAGAAGGCUACUUGGCUGACGGUUCAGAAGCCGAGGAAGAAUUUCACAAAGCGCAUGUUACCGAGGUGGACCAAGAGUUGCUGGAUGAGUCAGACGAGCACUCGCUGCUCAUCUGCAGGGCCAGGCACAAUGGCAUUAUGCUGGUGGGUGCCCUGAUCGACGACAAGUGCUACAUAUCGCUGGCUAAAGAGGUGCGUGGAUACGUGCGCUUUGACGUUCUGCGCAACGUGCAGAACUCGGCGCGGCUGCAGUGGCUGCAGUGGGACCAGUUCAGCGGGCGACCCAUCAAUGCAGUGUCGGCCGCCGACGACAACGGCAAGGUCUACGUUGCGAGAAGGAGAGCCGACGCCACCUCCAGGCAGACGCACUUCAUGGGCAAACUGGACUUGAGCAUCGGCUCAGGUCGCAUAGUGACAAUGGAGCCUGAGGGCUCUCGUUGGAUUGAAAUGGACCACAAGAAGGGAGAAGUACUCGUCGAAGUGGAGCCGGUGAAAUACGAAAUCAAGGACAUCAGUUUCAACGAGGCGAGGGCUAAGGUGCGGCAAACUACCCGCGUUUUGGCAACAACUUCACUGAGUCUCGAGGACGUGGUCAACGGUAACGACGUGCUCCCACCAGGAAAGGCAAUGGUUGGACGCACGGUCACCUACUGGAAAGACCCGAGCAGCGAGUACUGGGGCCACGGACGCGGCAUGGCCGCGGGACUCGUGACAAAGAUCAACCUCCCCAACGAGCAAAAAUCGCACACCAUCGCCUGGGGCGUGAACCAGACCUGGCCAGGUGAAGAUGUGGCCAUAACGGUGGAGGCGAGGCUGCUCCCUGGAACUGGGCAGAACGUCACUGUCACUGGAAAUCACACCAGCAGGGAGGUUCCUUACACGGCCACGCUCGUGUCUCAUUACAAGGACGGGAAGAACCGCGAGAGAAGAAUCGAGGGAAUUUUGCAGAAGAUUUCUCUGUGUGGCGUCAAAGACAGUUACAGCCCGCACUACUUCCUGCAUGAUGGUUCUCUGGUUCCCACGACCACAACGACAACCACGACUACAACUACUACUACUACUACAACUACCACAACGACCACCCCAGUCCCGACAACCACCAUAGAACCAGAUAGCAAUAACGAAGUAAUCGCACAGAAGACAAUGAUGAUGACCAUGAACACGUCAGGGGCGGACGCCAGCCGCCUCCGCGUCACCCUUCUGGUGGCGGCGGUUGCUCUGGCUCGGAUAGGCACAUGAAUAGGCUUGCUUUGACAUCUCAAUAUUAAUUUUCUGUAUUAUAGUACUCACAAAUUAAGAAAGGCUGCGUUUUAAGUCUCUGAUUUAACGAUUGUACAAAUUGUAUUUUUCCUUAUUUGUUCAUUUAUUGUUAAUGUGGGCGGGGAUAAGAAAAAAUCAAAAACUGUCGCAAGAGGAAUGUAAACUUUAACGCAGAAAUCACUGUGUUUCUCUGCUGAUUUUGAUUCAAAUGAUGAAAUUAUUGUUGAUUCAAAAGUUUCUAGUAUUUUCGUAAGUUCUGGAGGCCACAUGUGAUUCUAGCGAGGUUAAGAUUUGUCAUCUGAUAAAAAUACUACCAUUAGUUUUCUUUGCACCCUUGGCAUCGAUUUUUUGUACGAGCGUAGUCUGAUCUGAAUUAACGAGGAUUAGCCAUAGCUUUCGAUUAGCAGUCAGCCUGGCAGAUGCUGCAGUCAUGUUAUAUUUUCACUACUAAUUGCUGUAGGUGGAAUAGCAUCGUCAUAUUUAAUGUAAACUAUCAAAUGCAGUGUAAAUAUAAGGCAUUUUGAGGGUCUAGGAAAAAGUGGGUGAAAUUCGAAAUUUGAUAUCAGUGCCAAUUUGCUAUCAGAAUCUCUUAAGUGUCGGACCGAAUGGUACAGUGGACAUUACCCUCGAAUUGUUAGGAAUCAUAAGUAACGACCUAGAAUUUUCAGAGGAAAGAUAAUGGAUGUGUAAAUAUGAAGGGGAAAUCCCUUGAUGAAUGUUGUAUAAUAAAAUUUUGUUAUCCACCAGCUGAA